CAACUUCUAAUACAUCACACAAAUUGUUUUGGUUUUUUUGUUACUGCAUUACGCAUCAUUUAAUUAAUAAAUUAUUGUAUUUUCCUGAAGGAAAUCGCAAUAUAAUAUAUAUAAAACAGCUAGAAAAAGGGUGAAAACAAAAAUGCUUUCGUUCUUCUUGAAGAAAAAACAUAGUCCAGAUACACCACCUGAAGAAAUUAUUCAAGGUUCAUCUGAACCAGCACCCAGCAAUGGCGAUGAUUUUAUUUUCGUUGAGAAAAAAGGCAACGAUGGUCCAACCCCACAGCCGCCACCACAUCAUAUGUAUCCUCCAAUGCCGCCAGCUUUUGGUGCAACGCCAUAUCCCAUGAUGCCAUAUCCACCACACGGAUCGCACUCAAAUACGGUAAAUACAAAUCAAUCGGCAGUACCUUAUGUCCAUGAUGUACCAUUUGUAUUAGCACCUCAGCUAUGUCUCAAAAACACAUUCGAUCUAACGCAGACACAAGUCGAUGGCAUUUUAGCUGUGAUGACACGGCAAAUGUCAGUUGAUGAAAAGGAGGAUUAUAAUUUUGCUUUGGAAAGGUCAAUACAAAAUGAAUGCUAUUAGCAUAGAAGGUAUAUUAUUUACUAAGAUAAACUAAGAAUAGAUUCCUAUUAUAAGUAAAGCCAUGAACAGAUUGUAAGAGAAUAUAUGUACGUAUAAUAAAAUUAAUUAAAACUGUUUAAGAUGUUUAUUCGAAAAGAACAA